AUGGCCAAAUGGUUGUUGUUGUUAUCAAAGUUUGACAUAACCUAUGUCAAUAAAAAAUCCAUAAAGGAGCGAGCGAUAUCAAAUCAAUUAGCCGCACAUCCAACGGCGUUAGAUUCACGGCCAGUGGAAGAUUCAUUUCCUGAUAAAGAGUUGUGUCUUAUUGAAGAGGGUCAAGAAGAAGGAUGGCAGUUAUACUUUGAUGAAGCUACAAACCAAAAAGGAUACGGAGUAAGUGUAUUGUUGGUAACACCUGAUGGAUCUUAUUUACCCUUGUCAUUCCGUCUAGAAUUCAGCUGCACCAAUAAUAUUGUGAAAUACGAAGCAUGCGUCAUUGGCUUAGAAAUGGCCCUAUCUGUGGGUGUAGAAAGCAUCAAAGUAUUUGAAGAUUCUUCAAUGGUGAUUUGUCAGACUCAGGGAAAAUGGAAAAUAAGAGAUGACAAAUUGAAAUCCUAUAACGAGUAUCUAGAGCAGAUGGUCAAGUGUUUUAAGAAAAAUUCUUUUGAAUAUCUGUCGAGGGACAAUAAUAGAUUCGCAGAUGCUCUGGCUACUUUAGCCUCCAAGGUAGAGUAUGAUUCCCAAGCCAAAAUUUGA